GUCCAUACCUGCGGCGAAAGUGAUCGUUGGCGACCUCAGCUGGCGCAAGCUUCUUCUACUCCACCCGCUCAUGCUGUCAUUGGCGAACUGUUUCUUCCGCUCCGGUUAUGGUUCCCACAAGAAGAACCACACUCAGCGCUGCCCUCUGUUCGCUUGGUCAGCAUCUCACCUUGCAUGUUUCUCCCGUGGAAGUGGAGUGAAAUCCCGCCAUUGCCGUAAAAUGCUAUCUCGACAGCGCAACAGACUCUGCGAACUAGCCCGGAACUGGUAGCGAUGGUCGUUGGAAUUAUUGCGUGAUCGCCAUUCCCACGGCAAGAAUCUCGGGAUGCUACCCCGCUACGUAACCAGGACCGGACCCUGGCGCAUGUCAGCCUGCCACCAUGGCCGACAUAUGUAAAGGCGUCUCGGCGCCGAGAAAACAAGCUCUCUCGGCAAGGCUUCUUUGCAUAUCCCACACGUCUCGACAUGGCCGAAGUCACUGAUGACAAGACUGCAAGCGCGGUGUAUUCCGACCACAAUGGCUCAAGCGAGGACGGCCCGAGAAAUCAGGGCGCCGGAUAUGCCAUUAUCGAGCAAGAGUACAUCAUUCCCGAGGUUGGCGACGGCACGCGGAAAACCACCACCCCUCGGGAGUACUGGGCGUUUGCGCUGUACAACUUGGGUGCUACCGGGGUUGGCCUGGGCAAUUAUGCGGGCGGUCUGCAGCAACAACUGGUCGAGUCUGCCCACCCGAGCGGAUACCUGGACUGGCCUUCGAAGACCUCGACGAGUGCUUUUAUUCUCGACCUCAAUGGCAUCAUCUUUGCGGUCCAGGUUGUCAUUCUGCUGGUGAUUGGACCGUAUGCAGAUUAUGGACGUUGGCGCCCCUGGAUUCUGAUCGUCUGGACAAUCAUUGCCAUCGCUGCCUCCUUCGCCUUCCUUGGAUUCAGCAAACCCUCUCAAUGGAAUCUCGUGUCUGGCUUCUAUGUGCUAGGCAACGUCGCAGUCAAUGUUACUGGUUCCUUUUACUUCGCUGCCUACCCCAGCAUCGUUCGCGAUCUGCCUCAGAUGCAAGAAUCGGAAAGACAAGUGUUGGAAGGCACCAAGACUCCCGCGGAGCACAAUCAGCUCGACGGCCUGGAACGCUCGAGGCUGUCCAACUGGACCUACGUCUUCUCCGGCCUGGGCAGCACUGCCUUCAUCCUCCUGGCCCUCGCCAUCUCGUAUGGUAUUGGGUAUCAGACCAUCCCGGAGAAUGACCGGAUCUUCGGCGUCGUGACUGCGUACUUUGGUGGAAUUUUCAUCCUCACGUCUAUCCCAUGGUUUCUUCUUGACCAACACCGACCAGGCUCGAGGCUGCCGGACAAUACCAGCUGGCUUACUGUGGGACCCAAGCAGAUCUGGGAAGCCGCGAAGAAUGUGGCACACUUGAAGCAGACGUUCCUCUACAUCCUGGCCUAUUUCUGCCUUGCGGAUGCCAGCUCUACUUCGGGCAACAUCGUACAGAUCCUGCAGAACAACACCAUCAACUUUGACACCGUGAAAUACUCUGGCCUCUACGCUGUGGUGUAUGGGACCACGGGCAUUGGUGUCCUUGUCCAGAUUUGCAUCCAGAAGAAGUGGAAGAUCACGCCCAAGACCAUGUUCAUUUGGAACACUGUCCCGACUAUUGCCGUCAACAUCUGGGGAAUUAUCGGUAUUUGGACAAACGCAAUCGGCUUCCAUCACGAAUGGGAAUUCUGGCUGUUUCAGGCAUGGAUUGGUGGCGCUUCUGCCGCCUGGCAGGCAUACUCGACCACGCUGAUGGCGGAGGUGUCGCCGGCCCCCAAAAUGUACAUCUUUUUCGCCUUGUUCAAUACCGUCGGCAAGACUUCGUCGUUUGUCGGACCCUUCAUCUCUGGAGCCAUCAUUGACGAUGCCAAAGGGAACAACAACGCUGGAUUCUGGUUCCCGUUGUUCCUCAGCCUGCUUGGUCUUGGCUUGCUUCUGUUCGUCAAUGUCGACAAAGCGAAGCAGGAUUGUGCCAAGUUCUUGGAGCGCGAGCGUGACGAUUUGUACAAAUCCUACGGACAGCGGGGAGAUAUCCAGGUGGAGGUUGAGGAGCGGAACCCGUCUGUUACGGUCGACACCAAGGAGGCAGAGAAGGAAGACUAGUCUAAUCAAGAGAUAUCGACUGCGCAUAUUGGGGUUCGGUCUCGAGGCGUUUGAAAGCUGCCACUAAGAUGGAAAGAGAUCUGAUGGUGGUAUUGAGGUACAGAAACGCGGAGGAUGACGGGGAGUGAUGGCAGUGCACCAGGUCAGCCGAAGAGGAAUGAUUGUGUGGCCGAGAUCUUUCCCCUGCAUCCGAGAGGGCUACUUCGUGGCAAUGGGGGCACGUUUGUCAUGAUUAUCGGGAGACGGGCUGCAAAUACUUCCCCGCAUUCUCGCCUUUACACCUCAU